AUGAUCAACUAUCCCGCAGGAAACCCAGAUAGUCUUCCGAGCCCGCCAGAGACAGCCCCAAGGCAAACUACACCGAUACCAGCCUGUGCAUGCCUGUCUACGCUGUACCUUACACUCUCCAACCUCCACGCUAUCAAGUCCUUCGCCUUUCCGUUUUGUCUCGCCCCCCUGCGCUCGGCGAUGAACACAGCAUCCGAGGUGCUGCACUGCCAAGAAUGCCCGAAAGAACCGGCUACGGCGAUGCAGAAUACAGCUCUGAUGAACACUCUGCUCAUGGCUAUCGCUGAACGCUUCCACAAGGUCCUCGCGGCGCUCAAUGCCGAAAAUCAGAAACUCAAAGCGCAGCAAAGGUUUAAGACAAUGCAGCUGGGCGACCUUUCACCAGAGACAGGGCAUCUGCACACAGGAAACUUCGACUGCCCCGGAUCCUUCAGCGUAGAUCUGGAACCCGAUUACUGGUUGCGAUUAGCGAGAAAUGCCGCAAAGAAUGAAGUGAAACCCCACAUCAGCAAGGUCACCUUGGAAGGGUUGGUGAUUGGUCUAGAGGACCGACAGAAGAGGUGGCAUAGCGAUCCGGAAAAGGCCGAGAAGGCUUCGAUUCUGUUCGGUCAUUCGCUACAGUUCACGCCCGGGAGAGAGAAGGACUAUCUCUGCUUGCAGCUGACGAAACACGUGCGGGUCCUCAUAGAGGCGUUGAAGCUCGAUUAG